AUGUUGGCGAGCUUUUUCCAUUGGAAUUCACCAACGUUCCAUAACGUCACGUAUCCAAGGACGGCCUAUAUAUCAGCCUGGAUAUUAGCUUCUAUCACGGCUUUAAUUAUAUUAAGCACAGCUGUUUGGACUUUCAUGAAGGCUGUAUCUCACGAGCGUACCGCCUCAGCUUUCGAGCCAUCCAGCCGAUGGGUUCCCGAUCUAACGUAUUCUCUGGAAACUAAUAUGCUGGACUCCAUGACGGGAAAGAGAGAGGACGUGAUGCUUGCAAAUUAUGACAACCUCAUAUUUGGAAUAGGAAAGCCGAUUCUAACAAUGAGAUUAGACCAAUCCGUGCAAACCGGCAGCAACUCGGAUACGGAACUUAAAACAUACUACAAUACUCUUUUGUUCACCGCCACUAGGAAGUACUUCCUGGCUUCGAUCACCGAUUGCGGGUCCUCGGCGUUCGACGCUCUCAAGUCCAAAUGGUGUGCAGAUUCUGGUAUUAUGAUAGCUUGUACGGUGUUAGAAAUGUCGUGCAACACUCCACCACUAGACCAAGGAUCCAAUAGGCCAUUACUGAAACGAGAUAAGGAAAUUUAA